AUCAGUACGUGGCACAAACAUUUGGAGCACGCCUACCCUGUGCAGAAAGAGCCGUAGAAACACGCUGUAGUGAGAACGUAUAGUGUUUGCGGAAGUGAAGCAGGCAAUAAGACCGAUGGAGCAGAAAACUAUAGAAAGAUGUCUGCAGAACUUGGAGUAAUCAUCCUCUUAAGUCACUUUUCUAUUCACUUGGAAGAGGUUCCGGAACUGUCUGGCUAGGCCUAGAUCUUAAAUGCCUGAAGCAACACUUCUGUUUCACAAAAAACGUGUGAAACAUGGUUUAUCAGCUUGGGAUGUUUGCUCCACGACAGACCACAUUCCCUCUCCUCAGUCAUUGGUACACUGAGUGGCUUUAGGGAAAGAAAUGUCAUAGGUUAAGACUUGGAGCUCAAUACCUAUACAAUCUAGUUACAAUGAGGAUGUGUACUUCUGUGUCCAAGUUCCUACGGAGGGGCAAAUAUGUGCUCCUGUUGCUGCUCUCACUUUCGGUGUUGGUGUGGAUUGCAACAUUUGCUGGGGACACUGUGAAGGCUAUCCAGGACCCCCUGGUUUCAUCACAGACUAAAAGCAAAGCAAACAUCCUGAGAACAGAACCAAACUCGGAUAAAGCAAUCCAAGUGUUCUCCGAUCCUUUCCCUGACUCCUCCCCGACGAAAGAGGACUGUCCGCCAAAAUCGCCGCUUCUCAAGGGAGCCCUGAAGCUUUCAUUUGAGGCCACCCUAACACUCAAGGAAGUGGAGAGGGAGAAUGAAGCCGUGGCAGCUGGCCAGUAUCAACCACCUGGCUGCAAUGCCCCACAGAGCGUGGCUAUCCUCAUCCCCCACCGCAACCGCGAGAAGCACCUCCUUUACCUCCUCCACCACCUCCACCCAUUCCUCCAAAGACAGCAGCUGCACUACGGCAUCUACGUCAUCCAUCAGGCUGGAGAUGUGACGUUCAACAGGGCCAAGCUUCUGAAUGUUGGAUACUUGGAAGCUCUCAAGGACCAUGAUUGGGACUGCUUCGUUUUCCACGAUGUGGAUCUGGUUCCAGAGAACGACUUCAAUUUGUACAAAUGUGACCAGCAGCCAAAACACCUAGUGGUUGGCAGGAAUGCCACAGGGUACAAAUUGCGGUACAAGGGAUACUUUGGAGGGGUGACUGCCAUGACUAAGGAGCAGUUCUAUAGAGUGAACGGAUUCUCAAACACCUACUGGGGUUGGGGCGGGGAGGAUGAUGACCUUCGCAUAAGAGUGGAGAUUCAAAAAAUGAAGAUCGUGAGACCUCAUGCAGACAUAGCACGCUACACCAUGGUGUUUCAUAAAAGAGACAAUGGCAACGAAAUCAAUAAAGACAGAAUGCGUCUACUGGGACGGACACCUCAAGUUUGGAAGAAAGAUGGCCUGAACACUUGUUCCUACAAGUUACUGACAGUGGAAAGACCGCCUCUUUAUAUUAAUGUUACGGUGGACAUAGGAAAACCACAGGUUCUACACUAAGAUGCUAACCUACUAUAGGAAUUGUAGGCCAGGAAUUGUUUUGGUUGUUGAAACUCGUGGGACCUAAAGGUUUAUUCUAAUUGUAAUAUAGUUUUUCAUUUCCAAUCAUUUCAUUUAUGGAUCGCAACACAGGUUAUUAUCAAGGAUUCAUGAACCUGUAAGCACUUUUUGUUCAAAAUUAGAAAACUAGACAAACUGCAUUGGCAUUUCGACCUAAGGGAACCUAGACUUUAUUUUUGAAACAUAUGUUUUAAUUUAUGUUUUAUUUAAUUUGUCUUGAUAAAAAUAUUAUUUGAAGUUUGGUUGAAUUUAGAAGCUUAUUAUAACAAAGCGUGAUUGUUUUGUAAUACUUCAGAAAUAUGGUUUUGUAGUAUGUUUUCUGUGAGGGGUGACUUUCCAAACACAGCAACAUAAAUACUGGUGGUAUUAGGUUUCAAGUUCAUAUUUCAAUCUUCCGGAUAUCUUUGCAACAUUCAUGCAAUGUGAACAAAUCAAACUUAACAUCUACAGUGAAAAAAUAUUAAGCGUAUCAUUAUAGUUUGUAUUUUAUUUAUAUAUAUGUUGCCUUAAUCUAUUUGCCGAAGAUGUUGGGUGGGUCUUUUGGUGGGUCAACUGAUAAUUGGUAUCAGGUUCUAUAAAAGUUGCCUUAGCAAUACUUAAAGCACUACUUAAAACACAUGCAGCUUAUAAUGAAAAAGCAGCAAAAUCUCAACAAGGCAAAACUAUUAGGUACUGUAGUAUCCAUGACAUUUCUUCUUUGAGAAUAAAUUUACAUUUCUGCCUUUAAGCUAUUCUUAAUGCUAAUAGGCCUAGUUUGUCAAUUAUUUUAAAGAGAAACGCUGUCCCUUUUAAUGUGAUACUCCUUUUGAGUGAAUGUAAUUGAUUUGGUUUGACUGAAUAGAGUACCAUAGAUCUACGUUAGACUGCUUAGAAUAUAUGGUAUUUGCAUACAAUAGUCAUAUAAGUUUUAUAUGUCACAUUUCAGAGAGUAAUGUGGGUGGGUGUUUAUAGCAUUUCAAAUGGGAUAUUGUUUGUAAUUUGAUUUACCUUAAUGAUUUAAUGAACAUUAUGAAGUGAUGCCAUGUUGACUGUUUUUGACUGCCAUCUAGUGGGGGCCUUUUACUUCUGAAUGUUUUUACAUAUAUUUCACAUUUUGAAUCUCAGAAUUUAUUGGGAAUAUUCAGAACAGAUUAUAAUAGCAUCGGAGGCUAUGAUUUUCAAAGGGGAAUAAAAUAUUGAUUUCUA